CUGGAAUAAAAACAAAUCCGUGAAAAGUCACACCGUAAGGGACUGGUGUAAGACAAAAACAAACCUCAGGAGGUUUUUGGUAAUUACGAAUAGGUAGAGGUGGUUUUAGUAAUUUAAUCUAAGUUUCGGGGUUCGUAAUUUACCCUAUAUUUUAUAUAUAUACACACACAUGAGAAUAUGUCAUGCAAUUGAUAUCUUGUAAGAGAAAACAGAGGAAGAUGGAUUACUUCGACCCAAGUUACAAUAAUGAUAAGAAGAAAGCAAUGGCGAAGCAGUCAAUGCUGCUCUGCUGCAAAGUCUACAUUUCCGAGUCGAGAAACAGAGAAACUCUCGAUUCGAUCGAGCGAGCCGCUAGGCACGAUCAAGAAACUGUAAUAGUGAACAAGUUCAAGGACCACGAGUACAAUAGAGUCGGAUACACUCUCGUAUCGUACGUGGCUCACGAUAGCAUAGGGUGCCCGAUCUACACUCCUUUGCACCAAAGUGUUGUGGCCAUGGCCGAGGUUGCUUACGAAGCCAUUAAUCUCGAGCUGCAUUGCGGGGCCCACCCUCGGCUUGGCGUUAUAGACGACAUUGUUUGCCAUCCACUCGCUCGCGCCUCACUCCAUGAAGCCGCUUGGCUUGCAAAGACAAUUGCCUCUGAUGUCGGCAUUCGAUUCCAAGUGCCGGUGUACCUAUACGGUGCGGCCCACCCGACGGGUAAGUCCUUGGAGACGAUAAGGCGCGAACUAGGUUAUUACCGGCCAAACUUUACAGGAAACAAAUGGGCCGGUUGGCCACAUGAACCAGAAACAACACUUGCUGAGAAACCGAACGAAGGGCCCGAAACGGUUUCAAAAACCAAAGGCGUGGUCAUGAUCGGUGCCCGUCCGUGGAUCGCAACAUACAACGUGCCAAUCAUGUCCGUUGAUUUCUCCGCAGCUCGGAGGAUCGCUCUUAUGGUGAGUGCUCGUGGUGGGGGCCUGCCAACCGUGCAGACGCUCGGAUUGGUCCACGGUGAGGACACAACUGAGAUAGCUUGUAUGUUACUCGAGCCGAAUCAAAUUGGAGCCGAUAGAGUGCAGAAACAGGUGGAGAUGCUGGCGGCAGAAGAAGGGCUCGAUGUGGAUAAGGGCUACUUUACGGAUCUUUCUCCUGAAAUGAUUGUUGAUAGAUACAUCAAGUUGAUCUCUGACAAUGAAUCUUCUUGAAUGGAAUGCCACUACUUUGCAUGUCUGCAUGUGUGUGCGUGUGUGUGUAUGUGUAUAUACGAAAUUCGAACCUGUGUUUAUCUGCAAACUUGUCGGUGUGUGAAUGAAGCAAAUGCAUGGAUGAUUCAAACGUUGUAUUUGCUAAAUAAAUAUUCAUGCUUUAUAUUGCAAUCGUAAUAAGGUAAUGAAUA